UCCAUCUUCAUCAUCUUCAAUGGCUUCUGCGGCAAAAGAGAAAGCCUCUCACGUCCCUGACCUGGCGGCGUUUCUGAUACGCCACUACUCUCACCAGCUUCACUCCAUCACUCUCUCCCCUGACCCCAAGCUCCAUUACCCUCUCCGCCUCCACUUCGCAGAGCUCAUGGACGACGACCCUCCGCUGGCGCAGCUCGUCUUCUCCCAACCCACCGACUACCUCCGCCUCCUCGACGACGCCGCUCUCUGGGCUCAUAAGGUUGUAUUGGGGGAUUUGCAAGGUUCGGGUAAAGGAGGGGUCAAGAAGGAAUUCAUUCAUGUUCGGGUUGAUGUCAGUGGCUCACCUCUCGAAUGCCCCGAGACGUUUCCGAGCAUUGGGCGUGUGAGGGUGAAGCAGCGCGGGAUUCUGCUUACUCUCAAAGGGACAGUGAUUCGGUCCGGGGGAAGUAAGAUGUAUGAAGGGGAGAGGAAGUAUAUGUGCCAGAAAUGCAAGCACGAAUUCCCUGUGUAUCCUGAGCUGGAAUCGAGAAACUCCAUAAGACUACCUUCAUAUUGCCCCUCUCAGGCUAAAGCCUGUGAAGGCACAACAUUUGCGCAUUUGGAGGGUUCUAUAUCAUGCCAUGAUUACCAGGAAAUUAAAAUCCAAGAGAGUACCCAUGUUUUGGGUGUUGGGGCCAUUCCGCGCUCAAUUCAUGUCAUUCUAAAAGAUGAUCUUGUUGAUAUUGUUAAAGCUGGAGAUGACAUAAUUGUUACUGGGAUAUUAACUGCAAAGUGGUCUCCAGACUUAAAAGAUGUACGUUGUGACCUUGAUCCUGUAUUAGUCGCUAAUUGCGUGAGAACUAAUGAGCUGAAAUCGGACAUAGAUAUACCCCAUGAUGUUAUCAAAAAAUUUGAGCAGUUCUGGUUGGAGUUCAAAGAUAGGCCUUUGAAAGGGAGAAAUGCCAUCCUAAAAGGAAUGUGUCCACAAAUCUUUGGACUGUUUACUGUAAAGCUAGCAGUUGCAUUAACACUUAUUGGAGGCGUGCAACAUGUUGAUGCUUCUGGGACAAAGGUUCGACGAGAGUCUCAUUUGCUUUUGGUUGGUGAUCCAGGCACUGGAAAAUCUCAGUUCUUAAAGUUUGCUGCAAAGUUGAGCAACCGAUCUGUUAUUAACACAGGACUAGGAAGCACAAGCGCUGGAUUAACUGUCACUGCAGUCAAGGAUGGUGGUGAGUGGAUGUUGGAAGCUGGAGCCCUUGUUUUGGCAGAUGGAGGACUUUGUUGCAUUGAUGAGUUUGAUAGUUCGUGCAUGAAAGAUUUUAGGUUUCCGGCAACGAAAAGAGCGACGUGGAGACGGACAACGGACAUGAAGUCACCUCGGUCUAUUCAAUCCCUAAUGAAAUCCCAGUUACAAAGUUGCAAGAAGCUUGGCCCCUGGUGGAAUUGGCUUUGGAAGAGUAUGACAUAUCAUGCACACUGAAUCUGGUUGCGCGUUCCAUGACAAUCUCGACAACCGAAAGGAGUAUCAAUCGACAUGUUAUUAGCAAAGCUAGGGAUGUCCUUGAACUUCUGUCAACAACUCCUGUCCCGCCAUCUAUGGCAAUCGAUAUCCUCAAUGGUAGUCGGAAGCAUAUCCUCAUCAAAAUCGGGGAUCAAGAGGGUGUCCUUUGCUCAAAAUUUGGAAUCAACAAGGAGGACUAUCUUAAACGACGGGAAUGUCUCUUCUCUUCCUUUGAGGGUUGUGGAAGACUGCAUUACUAAAAAUGUGUGUCCUGCGACCGCUGUCCACAACUUUUUUUUGAAAUGAAAAAGGCAUAUGUCGGACGCAGAUCUUGCAGUCGACCCUCAUAAGAAGCACUUGGAGAUGGAGAACCCUGGUGAACACAGCAUACUUGAAUUGGCCUUUCUUUAUGCAGAGGAUUCCUCAAAAGAAAGCAAUAAAGUUGGAUGCAGUAUGGCCGAUGGUAGAAUCGUUGUUGAAAGAUUAUGGCUUUUCAUGUGAUCUGAAUGCGGACAAUGGUUGCAUGAAAGCCUGGAUUACUGGAAGGACAGGGGAUCCUUAUAUUGUUGUUGACAAGGCUUGGAAUCUUCUUGAACUAUUUUCGAAAACUGAUGUUUCGGCUUCUAUGAAGCUUUAUAAACCACACAGAACAGAAACAUAACAAAACAGGGGCCAUGAACAAACCCUCAUGGGGAGCACUAACUGCAUCACACUGAAGAACAUGAAGUCGAGUAGGAGGAUUCUGAAUCCAAUUCAGACUUAACUCCGACUGAGAAGCUAAAUGAGCUGCCAUAUCAGCAGCACGAUUGCUUUUCGACUGGUCCACGACCAGGUAACAGAAGAAAAGGACAAGGAAGAGUUCUCGAUUUUAGUGAUCCAAGGAGCAACUAACUAAGAAACCAAGUCCUUAGGGGAUUUCAAAGCUGAACUAAGAGACAAACAAUCAACUUCUAAAGUAAGAGAAUGUAAUGACCAGAGACUGAGCAAGGGUAGGACCCAACAAAACAGCUUUAGCUUCAGCCACUUCAGCAGAGAGAGCAAAAGAGGUGGAAAACAGACCACCAACUAAAACACCGUCAGAGUUUCUAGCCAAAGCAGCCUCCACCGAGAUCAAAGACUGAGAGUUCCAAGUAGCAUCUGUAUUUAUUUUUAAAGCAAGUCCGAUAGGAGGAGACCAAACAGGACAAUGUUCAAGAGCUAACUCAGAUUUCCAAGAUGGAAAAUUUAGGGAAACUGAAGCCAGGAAUUCUUCAGCAGCACCAUAGGCUUUCUGUGAUAUCAAAAUUGGAUUCGAGACUGAGUGAUUGUAAACAAAGAACAAAAGCUGCUUCCAAAGAUGGUGGACUUUGCUCAAGAUUUGGAAUCAAGAAGGUGAGUAUUAUUGGAUAAUAAUGCAAAAUGCUGAUCAAAAACUUUCAUUUGUCGUGAGGAAGGUUAUGGAGCUAGCUUAGGGUAGUAUGAGGAAUCUGCAUUUUAGUUUGUGUGCUGUUAUGUAAAACUCCUUGUCUGACUCUUCUCAUUCCUCUGAUACUGAAAGAAUGGGGGGUUACUAAUAUCUGCUGCUGUGGCAGGAUCAAUUCUCUAAACAGCGACGACAUCUCAAGCGUGCCUUAAGGCUGUGUUUGUUUUAAGGAAUGGAAAGGAAAG